GCUCCACAGCAGCAGGGGGCGGUGUCGCGUACAGCGCCGCCCGGUCUGUGAGUGUCAUGGCGGCUCCCAGGUGGAGCAGUGUGUGACGGUGACAGUCGUUUCAGGUGAACUUGUGUGUUUUUCAGAAUGAGCGGACAGAGGAGACGCAGCGGCUGAAGACAUGAAUGUGAUGGUCUCUGCGGUUCGGACGGCCCGGCUGCUUGUCCGAGCCGACCUGAAGCGGCUCGGCAGUUUCCUGCCCCGCCCCCUUCUGUGCCCCGCCCCUGCCGGAAGCCCCGCCCCCUCGCUCACCUGCCAGCACAGCCGGAGCUUCGCCUCUGCCAAGCAGGUCAAAGGUCAGAAGAGCCAGAAGGUGAAAGCGAACGCCGACAAACAGGAAGUGGAGAUCAGGCAGAGGAUGACGGUGGCGGCGCUCGCUGAGGCCAUGAACAGAGACAUCGACCACGUGCUGGAGGCUCUGCUCCACACGGCGGCGGACGUGGACGCCCUGGAGCCGGACUCGGUCCUGGAGGACGGCUGGAUCAAGGAGGCGGUGAGCCGCUCCGGCAUGAAGUUCAGAUGGGCCCGACUGAGCGAGAGCCGGGAGAGAGAGAACCGAGACAUCCAGAGGAGGCCUCCAGCCGACCCCGCCCGCCUGGUGCCCCGCCCCCCGGUGGUGACCAUCAUGGGCCACGUGGACCACGGGAAGACGACGCUGCUGGACAGCCUGAGGAAGAGCCAGGUGGCGGCGUCGGAGGCCGGCGGCAUCACCCAGCACAUCGGAGCCUUCCUGGUCCAGCUGCCGUCCGGAGAGAGGAUCACCUUCCUGGACACGCCGGGUCACGCCGCCUUCUCCUCCAUGCGAGCCCGAGGAGCCAACGCCACCGACAUCGUCGUCCUGGUGGUGGCGGCCGACGACGGCGUGAUGGCGCAGAGCGUGGAGUCGAUCCGGCACGCCCGCACCGCCGGAGUGCCCAUCAUCGUGGCGGUGAAUAAGUGCGACAAGCCGGCGGCGGCCCCGGAGCGGGUGAAGCAGGAGCUGCUGGCUCACGACGUCGUGUGCGAGCAGUUCGGAGGAGACGUGCAGGCCGUGCACGUGUCGGCGCUCAAGGGGGAGAACCUGCUGGCUCUGGCUGAAGCCACGGUGGCUCUGGCCGAGCUGCUGGAGCUGAAGGCCGACCCGAGCGGCCCGGUGGAGGCCACCGUCAUCGAGAGCCGCACCGACAAGGGCAAAGGACCCGUAACGACGGCCAUCGUCCAGCAGGGGACGCUGAGGAAGGGUUGCGUCCUGGUGGCGGGGAAGACCUGGGCCAAGGUGCGCUUCCUGUUCGACGAGCACGGCCGGGCGGUGAAGGAGGCGGGGCCGGGCGCCGCCGUGCAGGUGGUGGGCUGGAAGGAGCUGCCGUCGGCCGGAGAGCAGAUCCUGGAGGCCGAGACCGAGCACCGGGCGCGGGAGGCGGUGGAGUGGCGGAGCUUCCAGGAGGAGCAGGAGAAGCUGCAGGAGGAGCAGCGGGCGGUGGAGGCCAAGCAGCAGCAGCACCAGGAGGCCUACAGGAGGGAGCGCGAGCCCCUCGCCCACCUCAGCUGGCGCCAGAGGAAGGCGGCGCUCUACCGAGCCAACCGGCAGAAAGCCGCCGUGAGGCCGAGCGAGAGGCAGGAGAGCCGGCAGCUCGCCCUGCCGCUCAUCAUCAAAGGCGACGUGGACGGCUCGGUCGAGACCAUCCUCAACAUCCUGGACAGCUACGACGCUCACGAGCAGUGCCAGCUGGAGCUCGUCCACUUCGGCAUCGGAGACGUUUCCGAGAACGACGUCAGCCUGGCGGAAACCUUCUCAGGCUCCAUCUACGGCUUCAACGUGUCCGCCAGCAAGGCCCUGCAGCAGCUGGCGUCCAGGAAGAACGUCCCGCUGCGGCUGCACACCGUCAUCUACAAGCUGAUCGACGAGCUGAAGGCCGAGCUGAGUGCCAAGCUGCCGCCGGCCGUCACCGAGAACAUCGUCGGCGAGGCGUCGGUGCUCGCCAUGUUCGAGGUGACGGCGGGGAAGAAGAAGGUUCCGGUGGCGGGCUGCAGGGUGCAGAAAGGCCAGCUGGACCGACGGCUCAAGUUCAGGCUGACCCGCGGCCGAGAAACCGUCUGGGAGGGCUCUCUGUCGGCGCUGAGGCACCAUAAGGACGACGUGCAGGCGGUGAAGGUCGGGAUGGAGUGCGGCCUGUCUGUCGACGCCGCCGUCGACUUCAGGGUCGGUGAUGUCAUCGUCUGCUACGAGGAGCUGGAGGCUCCGCAAGCCACCGCCUGGGACCCCGGCUUCUAAUGCACAUUACCCAUGAUGCUCUGCUGCUGUGAGGCCACAGCCGGAUGGGAACGCCGCAGGGUCGUGGGUUCGAUUCCCAUGAGAUCAAAAGUAAAACUGUAAUAAGUUAAGACGUCUUUUCCCUGCUGCGUUUUCAUAUAAAUGUCACAUCUCAUCUUGGUUUGAAACGUCAGGACUCACAGGAGGCGGCAGGUGAGCUCCGCCCCCUCGCAGCGGCAGGUGAGCUCCGCCCCCUCGCAGCGGCAGAUUCACACCAGGGAUCAGAUUCAGGGCAUCUCCACACCUGUCUGCCUCCAGCUGAACUGAACUCUGGGUAGUUUGUUCAGGUGUGACACCAGCGGCCUCACCUGAGACCCCAGACCCUGCAGAGUCCGUCUAGAAACCGUUUGAACUGUAAAUAUGUGAAGAGCAGGUGUGUGUGUGUGUGUGUGUGUGUGUGUGUGUGUGUGUGUGUGUGUGUGUGUGCGCUCUGGUCACAUGAUGACUGCAGUAUCUGCCUGAUGGAAAUAAAACAACACAAUGUGUUUCAGAGUCAGA